GUUUAUUGUGGUCAUGAUCUUGUGGAUAAUCAACAUAUUUUACAGAUAGGAGACACUGCUCUCCAUGUCGCUGCUGCCCUAAAUCACAAGAAAACUGUUAAUGUGUUACUGGAAGCGGGAGCUGACGCAAACAUCAAAAACAAUACAGGCCACACUGCUCUUGAUAAAGCCCGGGACAAUAACAACCGAGAUUUGGCUCUUCUUUUAGCAAAAUCCAAUCAGGUGCAGCGGUUCGCUCGUGGAAGAACUGUGAGAAAACGAAGAGAUGUCUUGCGGGCCCAGAGGAGAACUCAGUCCCUCCCCAGAGUUCAUUCCUCCCGAGAGAAGGACUAUACUGAAGUGGCAGAAGACAUAAACAACAGUGAUCAAGUGCAUCAAUCUGAACGAAAAACAGCAACUCUGAGCCCCGGCACGAGGAGAAAGAUCAGGAGCCCAAGAAGACAGUUGGAACAUGUGUUCCGGAGAGAGUAUCAGCUACAUGAAAGAGGAUCUCCAUCCCAGAAAAUAAUACACAGCAGCCCCAGCUCUCAGGAAAAAGAGGAAGCUCCUGGAAAAGCCUAUCAGCUUUAUACACUAUACAGGGAUAAAGAUGGACAGAUAAAGCAGGCUCCUGUGAAUGACUGUCGUUGUAAGCCCCUCAUUAAAACUCUGGAGAAUAAGCUGAAAGCUGCAAAGAUGGAGAUGCGGUCAGAAAUUCACACUGUCCAAGAGGAGAUCAACUGCAGGCUGGGCAGAAUAGAGCAAAAAAACAAGCACCAGAUAAAAGUUCUUGAGGAACUCACACAGGAGCGUGUGUCGGCUGAGAGGAUGGAGUGUCAUUAUCGAAUCAAUCAGAGAGCCACCCUGGAAUGCAUGGAGGGCGAGAGAAAACAGGUACAACACCAUAAGAGAAGAGAUGCACGACCACAAUCGCAUCAGACUAGACAUGAUCGAUCAAACUUAUGUUGCUCUGUUUAUAUCUUUCAACAGGUAGCUGCUACCAAUGCUGUGAAAAGCUGGUGCAUGUCUAAGAUUCAGGAUCUUGAAGUGCGAAUGCCUGCAGAGACACAAAAAUACAAACUUCUGCGCUCUCCAUCCGUGGAUCAGUCUCUGGUGGAUUCAGACCCCGAGGGUCUCCCGCUGCUGUCGCUCAUCUCUGAGGAGAGCUCCAGCUCGCUGGCCACUUACGUCAAUGUGUUACCCAGCCCAGGAGCAGGUCCUAACAACGGCGGGAAAAGUCUUGAAUUUCGGGACUCACGUGGGAGGAGAUAUUUUGAGAUGAAGCUGAACGGUUCUUCAGGGGAAUAUCAUAACCUGACAGCUCCUUCAAUAGUCAAACACAAACCUCUAUCACGGAAGCUGGCGACUGCUGACCCCAAGUGGCACCGAGCAGAAGUGCAGGAGGUUAAUGUCUCAAAGUCCUGGUCAGACAAAGGGGAUGAACUCUGUGACAGCAGUGGCAGCAGCAGCCUGUCAACAUCCAGCAAGCGUUUCAACCACAGCAAUACAGAACCAGCAAACGGCCCGGCCUGGAAACACAGCAGGCACCUGAAGGACAGGAUUAAAGCAUAUCACGCUCAAACCCAGCAGAGCAACACCAUGAAGACCCGGGAGGUGUUUUCCCAGCGGCCCGUAGAGGCCACCUUCACCCAAGAGCGGCCAAACUUGCACGCCAUGGAGGUGACACAGCGUUUCUUUGAGACGGUCUCCGCACAGCUGGAACGCUGGUACGAGAGGAAGAUCCAGGAAGUGCAGAAGGUGGCAGAACAGGAAGCUCUGCAGGACAGAGCCAGUCUACUGGAGAGGAUCAACAUUCUGGAGGAAGAGCUACAGAAGCUUCGCACUAACACUAAUACAAACUCUUGACACAUACCUUGCCCAGAUACCUUGAUUCCACCUAAUAUGAAAAGCAUGGCCAUAUAAAUGAGAUUGGAGAUUUGUAAACACUAUAGUAAAACACUACAGUAAAGUUUCAUUUUGAAUGGCAGCAAUUAUUAUAUUUACGUUGAGGUUAAGCUAAUGGUACAAUGCUUAUGCUAUGUUAGCGAACUGAGUACUUCUUUGCUCAAUGAUAAGUGACCCAUGGAAUAGUUCACCCAUGAAAUUAUAAUUGUCAUCAUUUACUCACCAUCUUGUCUUUCAAACAAGUUUGAGAAAUAUUAAGAAUCGAAAAUCUAGUUUCCUUACGUUGAGCUGGAAUGUGAAUUGAAUUCGCCAGACCCUACAGGAAGUUCAACUGUAAUUUGAAUUGGAAUGACAGGAAGAGGAAUUUGCUGAACAGUGAUUCAAAGAAAUUCAAAACAGGCAAUGCAUUCUGGGAAAAGAAGUGUUGUCCCAUUAUUGUGAAAUACAUAAAAUGAAUACUUUGAAUAUUUGUUAAAACUUUAGUAAAGGGACCAAUUCUCACUACUAAGUAAUUGCUUAUUAACAUGCUAAUUAUUAACAUAUUAGCUGUAUAUUAGUACUUAUAAAGCACAUUCUGCAUGACCAUAUUCUACAUCCCUAAUCCUACCCAAUCUUAAACUUAACAAUUAUCUUACUAACUAUUACUAAUAACUAUAACGAUUACUAGCAGCAAAUUAGGAGUUUAUUAAGGCAAAAGUCAUAGUGAGGUAAUAUUUUGUUUUCUAUACUAUAGUCAAAGUUAAUGAAGACUGGUCUAUCAAAAUAAAUACAAAAUAAAAUGAUCAUGUGACACUUAGGACUUGAGCAAUGAAUACUAAAAAUUCAGCUUAGCAUCACAGGAAUAAAUGAUAUAUUUUUUAAUGUAUUAAAAUAGAAAACCAUU